AUGUCUGAUAACGCCAUCAAGAUAUUCACGGGUAACUCCCACCCUGAACUUGCCAAGCUUGUAGCUAGUCGUAUGGGUAUUGAUUUAGCCAAGGCUGUCGUCAUGAAGUAUUCCAAUCAAGAAACUUCUGUUACUGUUGGUGAAUCUGUUCGUGAUGAAGAUGUAUUUAUUAUUCAAUCUGGUUGUGGUGAAAUCAACGAUAAUUUGAUGGAGCUUUUGAUUUUGAUUAAUGCCUGCAAGACUGCCUCUGCUCGCAGAAUCACUGCUGUUAUCCCCUGCUUCCCAUAUGCUAGACAAGAUAAAAAAGACAAAAGUCGUGCUCCUAUUACUGCUAAAUUAACCGCUAAUAUGCUGACUGUGGCUGGUGCAAACCAUGUCAUCACCAUGGAUCUCCAUGCUUCUCAAAUCCAAGGUUUCUUUAACAUUCCUGUAGACAAUUUGUACUGUGAACCAUCAAUGAUCAAGUAUAUUCGUACAAAGAUUCCCGAUUGGAAGAAUGCUAUCAUUGUUUCCCCCGAUGCAGGUGGCGCCAAACGUGCCACUUCAAUUGCCGACAGACUUGAGCUCGAUUUUGCCUUGAUCCACAAAGAGCGUAAGAGAGCCAACGAAGUAUCUCGUAUGGUGUUGGUAGGUGAUGUUACGGGCAAGAUUGCUAUUUUAGUGGAUGAUAUGGCAGAUACUUGUGGUACUCUUGGAUUAGCUGCUAAAACUUUGGUUGAAAAUGGCGCUGUCAAGGUGUAUGCUAUUGUUGCUCACGGUAUUCUUUCUGGUAAGGCCAUCAAGGUUAUUAAUGAAUCUGUCAUUGAGAAGCUCGUUGUGACAAACACUAUCCCUCAUCAAGAUAAGAUGGCCAUUUGCCCUAAACUUGAUGUAAUUGAUAUUUCUCCUACUCUUGCUGAAGCUAUCCGUAGAACUCACAAUGGUGAAUCUGUAUCCUACUUGUUUUCUCAUGCUCCUGAAUAA